AUGAACUUCGAAAUCAUGGCCUCUGCAUUGGUCGAAGUUCCAGCAAUCGGGAUUGAUUUGGGAACUACCUACUCCUGCGUUGGAGUAUACCAGAAGGGAAAAGGAGUGGAAAUCAUACACAAUGACAUGGGAAAUCGAACAACACCCUCUUAUGUUGCAAUCAAGGAGAACGAGCGUGUUAUUGGGGAUGCUGCCAAGGCUGAACUUGCCUCUAACUAUGAAAACACUAUCUAUGGGAACAUGGGUUCUGUAACGGGCACAGGGCGCAGUGGGUUGGAUUUAUGA